AUGAAAAUCGUACCCAUCGACAAAUCCAAUAGUUCCCUGGCCGAUCGCCGUGCUGCGCAGAUGAAGGCGCAACCGCGAGACGCCCCGAUCGACUUGAAGAAAAAUUUCCAAAACAAGGAGACUCUAAACGACUACAUACACGCUCUGAUGUCCGAUCCUUCGCAAGUUACUGCCUCAAUCAUCCUCAAAAAGCUGGACACCAUUUGUACUCAGAACCGCACGGCUAACAAAGCCAUUGUGAGUUGGUCCACGGUGGAAUUGUUAAAUUGCGAGGGCGUCGCCGAUGCGUACAUUUUCCUGGCUCUAAAAUAUCUCAUCACGCCAGAGACGUUCGAGCCGUUCAACUUUAAGCGCAGCGGGGUGGAGGACAAUGGCGCACGCGGAUCACUUGCGUUGGACAACCUAUUGAGUGCCAACCGCUUAAAGCGGCUGCGGGAGAAAUUGAACCUGGUGUUCAGCUGCAAGAACAUUCGCAUUCGCGUCAUUCAGGGCUUACCCGAACACACUCUAAAUACCGAAAUCACCUCGGAAUUCAUAGAGGCAGCCAAAUGUGCUCUGCGGUCGUCCUAUGAUGCCGACACUCGCACUCUCAAGCUUUCGCGCUUUCACGCCAAACCGGAACUGGGCCCACACUUUUGCCCUUUGUACGUAGACAAGUUUUUUGAGUGCGUUCUGCAUUUAAUACUGGAGCAAACGCCUCGGGUGUCCAAAAUCAUACUCAGCGACAACUACUUGUGCUCGCUGAAGGCAUUUGAUGUCAUUCCCAAUGGAGUGUUAGACGGCCUGGAGUGUCUGGACCUCAGCUCGAAUAAAAUUCGCGAGUUGGCGGAUCUACAAUAUCUGGCCAAUCUGAAACUGAAGAGUCUAAUCCUACGGGGGAAUGGCAUGGCCAAACUAAAGCAAGAUGAGAUUCUAGCCAUUCUUCCCCGACUACACAACCUGGAGGGAUGUUUGCAAACCCAGUGCCAGCAGGAAGUUCCCAUGGCUCUGCCAAAUUUGAAGCUACUCGAUAUUUCAGAGCCCAAUUGCCUCCUGUUUGUCAAUUCUUUCAUCAAGCAUUUCUACCAGUUGUUCGAUCAGCCCAACCAACGCUCCCAGCUGGAGCAACACUACCAUGAGCGGGCCAUUUUCUCAUUGAGUGUGCCAGAGACGCUGAAGCAGGUCUAUGCAUACGGACUCUACUAUCGUAAUUUUCUGGCCCCGCAAUCUACUUUUGCACGCGCGUCAAAAAUGAAAAUUGGUCGUAUGGAUGUGGUGCAUGCCCUGACCCGCUUUCCCAGGAUGGAAACUUUCCUCUCAGCUGUAUGGAAAAAUGUCCUGACUAUCACUCCACAGAUGCAUAUGAUCACCCUUACUGGCCAAUUUAUGGAACACAGCGCCAAAGGCGGAGAUCUUCGUAACUUCCAGCGCAACUUUGUGUUGGAAAUGCAGGAACCAUCUGGUGUCUGGUUGAUAAGGAAUGAUAUGUUCUGCAUCAUUCCACCCAUUAAGAUAAACCUUGUUAAAGAGAGCACAAAGGCUUUAGCCGGAAAAUUAGAGCAAUUGAGCAUCAUCAAUCAUGUUAAAAAAUCCCCGGAAAACAUACCACCAAAUUCAAUGAAUUUUGAUCAAUUUAAUUCGAUCGAGCCUGUAAUCGAUAAAGCUUUAAUAACGCAUUCAAUGGAAGAACAAAGUGAUGAAUACGCGGAAAUGCCUCGUUUGGUGCCAAUGCCAACUUCAAAUUCGAAUGACAUGGAAAACAUUCCCAACCCCAAUUCAGGAGCUAGACAGCAAUUAAAUUUAACUGAAGAUACCUUUUUGGCUGAUACUGAUGACAUAUUCUUGGAUGAUGACGAUGAAGAAUUUAAUCUGCUUUUCAAUCCCUGUGGAGCCAAAAUUUAG